UAUAAAAAUGGAAGGGAGAGCCCUCCCGCUCCAUCCAUCUUCCAUCACCGGCCCAGAUAACAUUGACCUGAAGGAAAGCAACCUGGAAUAAGAACUGGACGUGAUGAGAGUCUUCGUGAUCCUGGCGGCGAUUGUUGCUGCCAGCGCCGCGGAUCUUGGCUACGUUGAGAACUUCAAGCAGACUGCCAGUGGUGACGGAACUAUCACACUGGAAUGGGACUAUGUCAGUGGCGACGAGAAUUUCCCGAUUCAGAAGUACUCCCUUGAAUCUGAUGACUCCAUCAACACUGUCGGGUGUGUGGCAAGUCACUGCUCCUACACCUACAGCUACCUCCAAGCCUGCAAGGAGUACACAUUCGACCUCACCCCCAUCUUCGUCGACACAGUAAACGGCGGAACAGUUAACGGCGAUAAAGUUACAACCACCGGAUUUGCCAAUGAUAACCCUCCCAGCGCCGCCAGCAACCUGAGUAUCGCCGGAGAAGACGACACUGGUACAACCCUACAGUGGGACGCCCCCGACGCUAACCCAGACUGUGUCAAGUACUACGAGGUCUGCGCCAGACUCGACGGACAGUCGGACACUGAAUGCCAUGAUGUGUACGACACUUCUGUCAAGUUGGCUUCCCUGCAAGCCUGUGGCUACUACCACGUCAAGGUGACGCCUGUGACGCCCACGGACGCAAGGGGACCCGAAUUGGAUGAUACCGUCACCACCAUGGAUGGAACUCCCGGGCCCCCUGAGGACGUGGUAGUGGGUCUCGUCACCAACACCACCGUCGACCUCAAGUGGAACGACCCGGCCGUCAACCCUCUCUGCGCGGUAGACUACUCCAUCACGUAUGGUCCCGUCACCACGCGAGCCAGCCGCAUCUUCUCCCUGUCUGAGGAGACCUAUGACCACCACGCAACCCUCAGCCCCCUCGAAGGCUGCACCAACUAUUCCAUUUCAAUUUCGUCCGUCAGCAAGUCGGACCUCGAGAGUGUUGCCGUUACAAGAUAUGCUGCUACCAAAGAAACUGAGCCCCUGCCAGCCCCUUACAUUGUGGUGGACCCGGCUGACACAGACGCCAUCAACGUACACUGGGGUGAGGACGAGAACGAUAAUUGCGCCGGAUACUUCAUCAUCUGCUGGAACGACGGUAUUCACGCGGUCGACACUUGUGAGAAUGUGACGGACUCUGCGGGUUUCACCAUCACCGACCUGCUGCCCUGCACCGAAUAUGCCGUCACCAUCACCGUUGUCUCUCCCGGAGGCAUCAGGAGCGUCGUCGUCGGCAACUCCACCUCUACCCUAGACGUCCGUCCUGAACCAGUGAAAAAUCUGCAAGUGACUGAAGUUUAUAAAUCUACGAUUUCCAUAACAUUUGAGCCACCAGAGACCAACAAGCAAUGCAUUAAAGGGUACGCCAUGCUAGUCACCGACCUGAACACCACGAGUGUGACAUCACGAACCAUGUCAGAGAUGAGAACGUCAGAGCCCAUAGAGGAGUUUAUCACAAAUCUGGAGCCCUGUACAAACUACCGGAUCAUGAUGGCGGCCGUCUCCCCGACAGGACUGAUGUCUCCUCCGCAAGAAACAUAUACCAGGACUACGGACGAUAUACCCAGCGAGCCACAACAAUUCGGGCUGAAUGGAGUCACCACCAGCUCCAUCUCCCUCCAGUGGUACCAACCUGAAACUAAUAGCCGAUGUGCCAGUCAGUACGUACUCACUUGGAAAGACAGCGCGGGCACAACUGUUGGUAAUGAGACAAUUGUUGAUCCAUCAAGCUUCAAAGUUUCUUACACAGUUGAAGGCCUCAACCCGUGCGAAACCUACACAUUCAGUCUCAUUGCCAAGUCACCCGCCGGCGAAAGCAAUGCUGCAGAGUUCUCGCUCCAGACUCUGUGUAGCUAGAUUGUAUAGGCUUGAACCCCGGGGACCCUAGGCAUCACCGCCAGCCCAGCGCUGCAGCGACAAUCAGUUCACUCACGAGUUCUCCAGACAUCCAUUCACAAGUGCUCCAGCUGUUUCAUUCACCACCAACUCCUCCAGAAUCAAGAAUUUAUGAGAGUCUGUCCACUAACUUAGACCAAUUAUUUUAAUGCCCCUGCGUUAUCAGUAACUAUGGUUACUUUAUGAUUGAAUAUCUUUUAAGUUGUGUUAAGUUUUUUCUUAAAGGUUUAUUCUAAGUAUUUGUUAUAUAACUUUAACAAAGAUGUGCAAUUAACUGGCUGCAUUUACCAAUGACAAAUAUUUAAAUUAAAUAAGAAACACGGGUAGAGUCUGCUUUCCGGUAAGCAAAUGACGUUAAUGUUAGGUUAGCAAGGUUUUCUUCCCUAAUGUUGGUAAGGUAUCUUUGUAACUGUUUACACAACAUGGCUGUAAAUGUUGGAAGGGCAGGGUUGUACAUACACCAGAGACUGUUUGAACAGAUCAGUGUUGACAACAAAAUUAAGACACACAAAGUUAAUUGCAUAUUAAGAGCAAAACAUCAUAUUCAAUAAAGCCUACUCUCA